CUUCUGCCCGCUCCUGGCGCGGCUUCCCGGCGUGCCGUACCUCUCCACGGACUCCGCCAGCGCCUUCCCAUCGCCUGCCGGCCGGGGAGGCGAGCGUGGGGAAGCCGACCCUGGCUCUCCCGGGCCCCGGGCGCUCGGCCCCUUCACGGUGCCUGCAGCGGCGCGCAGGACUCCCGGGAGCCCGCCGGGCGCAGGGCAGGAUGCCGGGUCCCCGGCCCGCGCUCUGUUGACCCGGUUUCCCAGGCCGGGGAGGAGCCGCUGCCCCAGGCCCCUCCUAGGCGCGGCGGGGACCCAGGGCGGGGUGCGGUGCAGGGUGGCGGGCGGUCCCCGAGGCUCUCUGCGCCCCGAAGCAGCCCUGGGCGGCGCCUGGGGUGGAGAAGCCGAGCACCGCAUCGUGGCCGCAGAGGGGCGCUCGCCGCCGACUCCGCCGCCCUGGGUCCCGGACUGACGUUCUAGCGGACAGCUGGUGGACCUCCACCUCGGCGUCUCAGGCAGCCAAGCCCUUUCUCACCCCCUGCCUUGUACCGAGCGCGAGACUUAGGCACUAGCGGGGCCGAGCCGUUUAGGAGUCAUUGCGAGUCUCACGCCUGUGGAAAUCCAGUCAAGGAAUACAGAAGUGGAGGGAGCCAGCCUCUUGUGCUGAAGGAAAAAGUAGCUCAGCCGCUCAAGCUUCCAGCCGCUGGAGAAGAGCACCCACCCAUCCCUGCGGGGCCUUGCAAGAGGACUCAGCACCAGAAAGGCUCUCCGCCAGGCCGCGGGGUUGUACUUUCAGGCACCAGCAGCCGCCUCCUAGCUUACGCAAGUGGGUACUUGCCCACCGCGAAAGCCAGGUUUCUGGUCUGAGUCUAGAUUGUUCCCAUGACCUGAGCUUUACUUCUUCUCCAUGGAUCACUGGGUUUAGUUUUGGCUAGAGCUCAGUCGAGGACAAUGGACUUGGAUAAACAAAGGUUUUAGACACCUGAAUCAUCACAACAGCUUCUGGGUGGUUCUGAGGAUUAAAGAGGUUGGGAAGUUGCUAUGUUAAUGCUGCUUGUCUUUGGAGUAUUAUUUCAUGACGUCCCACUGAGUGGCCAGGAGGAGGCUUCUCCCGAGGGUGAUGGCAUUCCAGGCGAACCUCUGUUUAACUACACCAGCAUCCGCCUGCCGGAAGAGCACAUUCCCUUCUUUUUGCACAAUAACGGGCAUAUUGCCACGGUCUGUAAGAAAGACUCACACUGUCCUUAUAAGAAACACUUAGAAAAUCUAAAGUACUGCUGGGGUUAUGAGAAAUCCUGCAAACCAGAGUUCAGGUUUGGUUAUCCUGUCUGCACCUAUGUCGACAUGGGAUGGACGGACACUCUUGAAUCAGCCCAGGACCUAUUCUGGAAACAAGCUGACUUUGGAUACGCUGGAGAACGGCUGGAGGAACUACAUGUGCUCUGCCAGCCUAAGGAAAUGAAUGACUCAAGUCUGGUAUGUUCCCGUUAUCUUCAGUAUUGCAGAGCAGCCAAUCUUUAUCUUGAUUUAAGAAACAUCAAGAGAAACCAUGACAGAUUUAAGGAAGAUUUUUUCCAGAGUGGUGAAAUUGGGGGACACUGUCAACUUGAUGUUCGUACGUUGAUGUCUGAAGGUCAGCGCAAAAGCCCUCUGCAGUCUUGGUUUGCUGAGCUCCAAAGCUACACUCAGCUCAACUUCAGACCUAUAGAAGAUGCUAAAUGUGACAUUGUUAUUGAAAAGCCAACCUACUUCAUGAAAUUGGAUGCAGGCGUUAACAUGUAUCACCACUUCUGUGAUUUUAUCAAUCUUUAUAUUACUCAGCACGUUAAUAAUUCAUUCAGUACAGACGUGUAUAUCGUGAUGUGGGACACCAGCUCCUAUGGAUAUGGUGACCUGUUCUCCGACACAUGGAAAGCAUUUACUGAUUAUAAUGUUCUCCAUUUGAAAACUUACGAUUCCAAAAGGGUAUGUUUUAAAGAAGCUAUUUUUUCAUUGCUCCCUCGAAUGAGAUACGGGCUGUUCUAUAAUACCCCUCUGAUAUCUGGCUGUCAAAAUACUGGAUUAUUCAGGGCAUUUUCCCAGCAUGUACUACACAGACUGAACAUCACACAAGAGGGACCCAAGGAUGGAAAAAUUCGAGUCACCAUCCUUGCACGGAGCACAGAAUACCGGAAAAUACUAAACCAAAAUGAGCUUGUAAAUGCACUGAAAACAGUGUCUACAUUUGAAGUCCAGAUCGUCGAUUACAAGUAUAAGGAACUUGGGUUUUUAGAUCAGCUAAGGAUCACACAUAACACGGACAUAUUUAUUGGAAUGCACGGAGCUGGUCUUACCCAUUUACUUUUCCUUCCAGACUGGGCUACUGUGUUUGAACUGUACAACUGUGAAGAUGAGCGCUGUUACUUAGACCUGGCCAGGCUGAGAGGGGUCCACUACAUCACUUGGCGAAGGCAGAACAAAGUCUUUCCUCAAGAUAAGGGCCACCACCCAACUCUGGGGGAGCAUCCGAAAUUUACCAACUACUCUUUCGAUGUAGAAGAAUUUAUGUACCUUGUCCUUCAGGCUGCAGACUACGUUUCGCGACACCCACAGUGGCCAUUUAAGAAACAGCGUGAUGAGCUGUAAAUACGUCGACUCUUUUGCAAAAAGGGAGUGUGCAAACGCUCCACCACCCAGACUCACAGUUCAGUCAGUAAACAGCCUGUCAUUUCCUAGCCCCAAAUUACCUCUUCUAUACCAAAACAUGCCUUCAGGAUGUUACUUAUGUAUUUUAUAGUCUUUAACUGUUUCAUGUGAUUUUUGUGCCAUUGCUAUUUAUCAAGAUACUAUCUUUGCACUGAACAUUUUACUUUUUAUAGAUCAAAAAUUGGGCAUGGGCUCACUGGUGUAAUUUCUUCUUAGGGAUACCAAAGUUUUCAACUUUCUUAGCUUUAGAAUUUGUAAAUGUUUUUGUAGAAUCGCGUGGGAUUGUAACUUCAGAGUGUUCCAACUUAUUUAUGAUGUCCCUGAGUAAAUUCACAACAGCUCUUUUAUUUGCCAUAAUCUGUUCAUAACACUGCGUUAAGAAAGGAAAACACACACAACACAGCACACACACGAGUUGUGAUUCUCGGUCCCAAGCUAUAGGACCAUGUUUUGGAUCAAACAGUGUUAUAAACAGAUCUGUUUUACUCUGUUGGUCAGAGUCCAAACUAACUUCCACUGAAUUCUCUGCUCUAUCUUUUUAGUCAACUCCAUCUUAUAUGCAUCAAGAACCUGAAUAAACCGUGGUGCUGCAUUAAUUUAUAUUCACAUAUUUCAUAAUGCAAAUCAUGUUUUCCCGAAAUGUAACAACUACAUGUGAUAAAAACAAAUUAGAAGAUUUUUUAGGACUGUUUUGUGUACCUGCUAGCUGGUUUCCACUGGUUCCUUCUUAGCUGUGGAGAUCAUUAAUAUAUCAAAUCGUGGUUUCCGUUGUUUAUGUAUUUAUAACUGCAUAUACCUGUGUGUAUGCGCCUACCUCUUGUGCAUGGAAAUAUUCCUACCUUUGAGUUUGCAAACUUCAAAUUAGCCACAUGAAGAGAAUUUUUCCCUAUAAAAAAGUAAAGCCAAAAAAAAAAAAAAAAAGGUAAAGAUACAUGUGAACUAUCCAAUUCAAAAUGAAAAAGAAACCAUAAGAACCUGCCAUUGAUUAAAAAGAAUAUCUGAAAUGCAGUCUCACUCUUUGAAUGGGAUUCCUUUCUUUCUGUUGAUGAACUUUCUAUUUAGCAGUAAAAAACUAUGAAUUUAUUUUACUGCAAAAUGUGAAGUUUACACUUUAUUAACGCUUGAGUAGUCUAAUUGAGAGACUAGUGACUUGUAUUUUUUAAAGUACAUAAAAGAUUAGUAGAUGACAGCAGAGCUAAGAAUUUUUUUUUUUUUUACAUUUUAUAGGUGUAAAAAAAAGAAGAAUAUGCAACAGAGAGGUGACCCAAGAAACCUAAAAUAUUUAUUAUCUGGGCCUUUACAGAAUAAGUUUGCUGACUUCGGCUUUAAAGGAUUAUGAAUAGUCUUCUAGGGUUUAGGAAUAUUUAUUAAAAUAUCUGUAAAAAAAAUAGUGAAUCACUGUAGCAAUAGCUUUGAUUUGGAUCUUAAAAUUGUGUAAAAAGAAUUACAACAUAAGAAGUUUUAAAUGAGUGAUAUUGCUGCUGUUCUCUGUGCAGAAUACUGAGUACCCGCUAGGUUAUUUCACAUAAAAGGAUUCAUAAGGGAAUCUUGCACUUUUAGUCAGAAAGGUAUAAAUACCUGAAAAAAUUAUCUGAAAAAAAAAUUAUCUUCUUACCUCAUUUUAAGAAGCUUAUUGGAAUGUGAUUCUAUAGAUUAGUGAGAAUUUUAGAAAUUGAGAACAAUUUCAUAACUAUUAUAUUGAAUAUUUUGCAUUUAAAAAGAAUACAUUUUAUGUAAACAAGAAAGUACAUUUGACACUUUAUGGAAUUAACUUUUAUCAGACUUUUUUAUGGGAGCAAAAGAAGGUCUUCAAAUUGUUAUAAAGUUUAAAAUGUAAAGACUGCUCGUUUUAUUAACUCUUUUAAAAGGAUGCAUUUCAUUGUAAAUUUGGGGUAUGGCUUUGGAAUAAAUAUAUUUUAUUUGAGUAUUGGA